AUGAUUGCAAAUAAUGCAGACAAUUCGAGUUUUGCAAAUGCUUUAAAAUUGGUCAACAAUAAUUCAUCGACUGCAACAAAUCAGUCCCAUCCUUCGAGUAAUAAUAUACAAAUUUCUCCGGAAAACCAACUAAAUCGGAAAAUUACCCCAUCAGCACUUUCUUCUGCAGUUCAUAUGGCUAAUGCUAACACUGUAUGUAAUGAAAUUAUCAAUCUCAAUCAUAACGUAAAUCCGAGAAACAACAGAAGUCAUAAUCAAUCUGAUAAUAAGAGAAGAAGACCUAAUCUUCUGGUAGGCAGCAAUGAUGAUGCCAAGACCUGCCCAUUUAAAGCUGCCGCACCCCGUAUAGUAAAGGAAUUUUACGCUACAAAUUUUGAGCCCGAUGUUGAUGUCGAAGAACUAGACAAAUACAUUAAAAGUUUUGCUCCAAGUGCCUCUGUAGAAAAAUUGGAUUGUCGAUUUCCUGCAGUGUACUCAUCUUUUAAAAUUACAGUUGCUUCAGGGGAAGCGGAUAAAAUUCUUGUGCCAGAAAUGUGGCCCAGUAAAGUAUAUUUGAAGCGGUUUUUUCCAUCAAGGCGAAUUAAUUCACAAGUCAGAGUGUAA